UCUCAACUAUCCAACGUUCGCAGAGCCCCCAAAGAUCUCCGAGAUCCAAAACCCCUCAAAAAAGAUGGCCAAUAAACAAUCACAAGGAGGAGGAGGAGAAAACAUUUCAUCUGCGCAAGCAGUGUUUCUCGGGGCUUUAGCUCCCGGUGUAAACGGUCCUACAUGGAAAACUCUGAGGCUAGCUUUCGUGAUGCUGGGUGUUUGCCUAGCUGUGAUGCUGGGCUUGGCUUUCUCCUCUAGUGACUCUUGGUUGGUUCUUCAUGUUGCAUUCUUGGUCCUCAUCACCACCACUCUCUUCCUGCUUCUUAGUUGGUUUCUUUCGCAGACUGGUUUGGUUUCUGUGGACCAUCAAAUCCGUGAGAUAGGCUUAGCGCCAAAUGAUCAAGAUACAAGCAGGAAAAACACCAAGAAGAUAGAGGAGAAAGCCCUUUAAAAGGUCAUCUUAUUGUUCAUUUAAAGACUACUACAUUUGUGAUACACACUUAUACAGGCAUGAAAAGACAAGGUUGUUAAAACACCAAGCAGAUGGCAGUAGUUCUCCAACUUUUCACGAGCACUGUUGGCGGGAGAAUCACAUCUUUCAGCCACUUUUGGCUUCUUUCUCCUUGUGUUUGCUCCUUUUCGGUUUGAUGAAGCAGAAGCACGAACAGCACGGGAGCUGAAACAAAAACUUCAUCUCGUUGAUUAUUCUGAUGAUCUUAUUGUGUGGAGAUCAUGAUAUAGUGCUCCACUGUUGGCUUCCUUUAUUCCUCUCUCUAAAGAUGCUUUUCCUCAUCCUUUAUUUUUCUUUUCCUUUUUUAAGAUAAAAAGAUGCCUAGCGUAGCUUAUGCAUUGGUAUCAUCAGUUCAUCACGUUCAGACUCACAGGGAUGCUUAUAUUAAUCUGUUACAUUGCUCCUUGCAAUUUCUUUUGUAUCAUCUGGGUUCUUUUGGAUAUGUUGGUUGUGGAAUCUUGUUUAAUGUUCCUUGUAAGGCUUGAAUUUUUAAUC